AAUAGCCUGAUGUAGAAAAAGGAAAAAUGCUGAAAUGAUCAAAGAAAAAAUUUCUUAAACCGAAUGUGCAUAUCUGUUCCAUCAAAUUUUGUAGAUUGCAUGUGAGACCAGAACUGUUUGUUACCAUUUCUUUCUAACAGAAAUGCAUCAAAUCCCUUUCAAGAAAACACACCUGUCUGGCAGACCAAGUUCUUACUAAUUUCUGAGUUUAACCAUCUAUGAUGAAUAAAACAAAUAUGAAAUUCGAUAGUCAAAUACAGAAGUUAUUCAAGUUGCUAACGGAAACAGAAAUUACAACAAUUGAAGAGCUUCAGCAAUACAAUGAUGGAAAUCAGAGUCGUAUUUGCAUAACUACUUUACUAGCGAUAAAAAAUUCUAUUAAAACCAAUGAUGAAGCAAUAUUUCGAGGAUUAUGUCGAAUCUUGGCAUUGCUGAGUGAUUUGAACAUUUUUCCAGACUUAAUGUCUCGCUUUGAUAGCGACGACAAUCCUUUUAUAAAGUCGAAUGUGAUAAUAAUGGCUUGCAAAUACAACCGAAUGGAAAUCCUGAAUCACGUGCUGAGUGAAAAUCCUUCUAUUCUGAUAGGUCUCUCCAGUAAAGACGGUAGAACUUUUCCUUCGCCUGCCGAUAAUGAUGAUGAAGGUCACAAUGCCUUUUAUUACGCAGUACGAACAGGAAAUACGCAGCUUUUAGAGGUUUUGAUGAAGAAGUGGUCAUUGGAUUAUUUUUCGACACACAUCCAGGAGCUGUGUUUUCACCUGUCAAAAAGCUUGAAUGAGUUAAUGCUAAAAAAUGUUGAUGUAUCAACCAAAAUGAAAAUGUAUAUACACAGCUUUUUGCUAGACAGUUACUUUGAGCAAGUCAUUCCAUCAGACUCAACUGAUUAUUCUCACGAUGAUAUCCAAGAAAGUUUGUCACUUAUUUUGGAGUAUAGUGGUUUAGUUCAAGCGAUGUACAGAAACAGCGAAUCGAAGUAUCAAAUGGUUUUCUUAGCGAAACAAAUAGCACAGAAUAUAAUGUUAUCCAAAAGAAGACUGAAAUCUACAUAUGAUAGAAUUCCUUGGGAAGAGAUGGAAUUUCACUUAAUCUCCUUCAUCCGUUAUCUGAGUAAUCAAGGAAGUUACAUCAACUGCUUUGUAACAGAAAAAGACUUUGUAAAAUACCUUAAAAAUUUCUGUGAGUGCCUGGCCAAUGAAACAAAAGAAAUUAAUCUUAUAAACAAAGAAGUGUUGAGAGAGCUUCCUGAAAAAAUAAAACGUGAUGAUGUGGUAAGCUGCAUAAUUUCCAAAUAUCCACAUUUUGAAGAAUUUUACCAAAAUUAUCAGACAAUUCGUGAUCAUGAAUCUCUCAAUAUUAUUAAGAAAUAUGUCGACAUAGUGAUAGAAGUAGACAGUCUUGAAAACAGCGGGAAAACUGUUAUUGUUAGAGCUCUGCAAGUUUUGGGAGAGAAUUUAAAAAAUACACUAGAAUCGCCCAAAUUGUCUUCUGCAACAAAUGAGAAAGUGAUGCUGUUUAUACCUGACAAAACUAAUGCUAUUUUAAAAUUCUUACGAGAUUCCUUUUCGCAUGGUUUUCCUUUAAGAACCUGUAAAGACGUUGAAGAAAUGUAUGGCUCUGAAUUUUACUCAUUUGUUCAGAAUGACGUGAAAAAAUUAGAACACGGAAUCACAUUGGCACUUCAGAAAAUAAAUAUUAUAACUGUCAGAACUUUGUUGGAGAGAGUUUGUGAAUGUGAAGACAUGAAUGAAUUCAAUGAGAUGUUUCGUAUGAUUCGACUGUUAACUAUUAAGCCUGAUUUAACAAACAUUUUACCAAGUAACGCUAUUAUGAAUACAUUGGAAAAGCUUAUAUCUGAUUUAAGCGAAAUUAUAAAGGAAAAAUCACAUUUUGAAGAAAGUAUCUUCUCAAGAAUAGAAGAUAUCAUUAAAUUUGAAAAGAGUCAUUUGAAAAAUUCUAGGAAUGAAUGUGAAUUAACCAUGGCAUUGUUAAAGAGUGCACACAUUGUUGAAAGUCAAAUGGGAAACUGUUUUAUUUCUGGAGUAAAGAAAUUUAUCAAACAACAAAUAAAAUAUGUCAAACCUCAAAUCAUGCAGCAAGGUAUGACUAGAUUGGGAUUAUUACUUAAUAAGUUAACUAAGUACGUAAAAGAUCAAGUAGAUGAACAGGAUUUAUUAAAAUUCUAUUCUAUAAUUUUCGAAAUUUGUAACAUAUUUAAUAGUGAAGGACAAGAAAUUAAAAACCUGCAGGAACUUAAAAAGAACUUUACCAAAACUAAAAAAAUAACUGCUGAUAAUAUUAGAAAAAUAAAAAAGUCAUCAACCACUUGUUAUCAGGAUAUCCUGUCAAACGAUAUAGCAGCUUUAAAGAAAAUUAUACACGAGCAUAAUCUAUCUGAAAAUGACAUGGAAUCAUUUUUUAGGUAUAAAUAUAAUUUUAAAUUACAAGUAGAAAUCGAAAUGCUUAUAUUAUCACUUUUGUCUAGCUUAGAGCGUUCUGAGCAUUAUUUAAUAACUAGUCAGCUAUCUAACGAAGAUGACUCUCUACUAGUAGGCAGAUAUCUAAGGAAUUACUUAGCACAUGGAAAUCCUGUUGUGGAUAUUUUAAUGGAUUCAACUCAGUCAAUAUUUUUAUUUGCAGUGAAUAUUAUCAAGCAUGAUAUCUAUCGAAAAGCAAAUUUUACCAUCAAACACAAAACGAAUCGAUUGAAUGCAAAAUCUAUUGUUGAAAAUCAAAAAAGGCUAUUUAGUGCUUUUUCUAAGGGCUCCUUCAAUGAUGUGAUACACUGGAUAAAAAAAGGAGCUGAUAUCUUAGGAAGAGACAGCGACUUGAUGACAGCUUUACAUUUUGCUUCAAAAUCGUCCAACAUUGAUAAUAUAAAAUUCUUAAUUAACCGUGGAUUAAAUCCAAAUGUUAAAGAUUUCUGUGAUAGAAAUAUUCUCCACGUCGCUGCAGCUUUGGAUCGUGUAGACAUAGUAAAUUAUAUAAUUAAGGAGCUAAAAAUAUCAGUUCAUGAAAAGUGCAAACGAAAUCAAACAGCCCUCCAUAUUGCGACAGAAAAUGGUUGUUUUGACGUUGUGAAAACUUUACUUCAACACAUGGGUACAAUUGAUGUGGAGCCACUAUUUCAAACGCCAGUAUUUAGAGCUGUGAUUAAUGAUCAUGUGGAAAUUGUAGAUUUAUUUCUUCCUCAUAUAGAAGAUAUAAAUUCGAUCCGAAAUGCAGACAAUUUAACUUUCUUACAUGUUGCAGCAGAUAUGGGUCUUCCAAACAUGGUAAUUUAUUUUCUAAAUAUAGGAGCAGAUGUUAACUCUACAGCAAACAAAUUGGUCACGCCUUUGCAUCUAGCUUCUUAUGCUGGUCAUACGGAAAUUGUUGAAACAUUGAUUUUAAAAGGAGCAAACAGAGAUGCUAAAGAUUUCUUUGAUUACCGCCCACUUCAUUACGCUGCUUGCAAUGGACACUCAUGUACUGUCGAAGUUUUAUUGAUACAUGGCGCCGAUAUAAACGCUUUAGGAGGUCAACAACAUUUACCUUUGCAUAUAGCCAUUAAGGAAGGGCAUAUCAAUGUUUUGAAAACGCUACUAAAAUAUGGUUUAAGCAUUAAAGAUGUUGGAAAGAAUGACGCUUCUUUAUUUGAUUUUGCCAUACCACAUAGGAAUUUAGAACUGAUUAAUAUUUUAAUUGAUAACAAAGCGCCCAUUAAUGCAAAGAAUGAUAAUGGUAACACUUCCCUUCAUCUAAGCGUACGAAAUGGUUCUACAGAUAUCGUAUGCCGGCUAAUCGAAUGUGGAGCUGAAAUUAAUACUUCAAACGAAAAAGGUUUAACACCUUUGAGUCUUGCCAUAGAACUAGGUUAUUUUGAAAUAGCUGAUAAACUAUUAUCGGAAUUGGCUGAUAUUUGUCCCCUUAAUAAUCGUGGCCAAACUUUAUUGCAUUUAUGUGCGUCAAAUUCUGCAUAUCUGGACUUACUGAACGAUGAUUGCGAAUUAAAUACUGUAAAAUGCAAUUAUAAUUUAUUUAAAUCAUGCAGGUUUAGCGUUUUUAAAAAACUUUUAGAAAAAGGAUCUGAUUUUGAAGUUAGAGAUAUUUUUGGCAGAACACCGUUGCACUUAGCUUGCAGCUUCGGUUUUAUUGAAAUCGUGCUGCAUUUAAUCGAUUUAAUGACCUGCAUUGAUAUCCAGGACCAAAGAGGAUUUACUCCUUUACAUUACGCUGUUAAUUAUAAUCAUCUUGAAAUUGUAAAUAUACUGAUAGCGAGUGGGAGAUGUUCCUUAAAAUCUAAAACAUUAAAAAACGACACUGUGUUAUGCUUGUCUUCAAAAAACAAUUACGCUGAAUUAACGCGAUUUUUAAUUAGUAAAGGAGCAGACGUAAAUGAUGGUGACCCACUUUAUAAAGCUCUGGUGCGAUGUAACCAGGAAAUAUGCAUAAUUCUUCUCCAAAAAAAGUCAAUUAAUAUUGAAAAACAGUUUCAAGGUAAAAGUGAAACUUUACUUCAUCUCGCUACCCUCAAUGGCAUGGAACGAUUGGUGUCUUGCUUCUUAAACAAAAAGAAAUUUUCUAAAUUAGCUGACAUUAACAAUUCUUUACCUUUGGCAAUUCAGAGGGGUUUUGAUGAUAUCGUAUCUCUCUUAUUAAAGCAUGGAGCUGAUGUGAACAUAGUCUUUGAAGAUAAUAUUACACCUUUGCACAUAGCAACUGCGCGAGGUCAUUCUAAUAUCAUAAAAAUAUUGUUAGAUAGGGGAGCAGAUUUUAAUAAAGUGACUACAAAAUAUCCAAGACCAAUUGAGCUGGCUGUAUGUCAAGGUCAUUUGGACUCAGUAAAAAUAUUUUUCGAGAAUACAAAUGUAAACGUAAAUAAAAAAUUAGACAACAAAUACACUUUUUUACAUAUAGCUGCUAAAUGUGGUCACCUAGACAUCAUAAAAUUUCUUAUAAGCAAAAAUGCCAAUAUGAAUAUAGCCGAUUGUGAAGGCUCGAAACCCAUACACUUCGCAGUUCAAAGCGGCAAUUUGAAUAUUGUUAAAUACUUUAUUCAAAUAAGUGAAAAAUUGUUAACAGAACGUGGCUAUCAAAAUAGGACGCCACUUCACUAUGCAGCUGAAACAGGCCAAACUGAAAUUGUUAAAUAUUUAAUAGAAAACGGAAUAAAUGUGAAUGAAUCUAGAGAUAAUGGAAUAAGACCAAUUCAUUUAGCCGCAAAAUUUGGUUUUGAUGAAGUAAUCAAAGUACUUCUUGACAACGGUGCGCAAUACGACUGCGUUGAUGACAUUUUUUAUAAUACACCAUUGCUUCUAACUGUUAAUGAAGGUAUUAAGAAAAUGUUACAAAUGAUUAAGGAGCUCUUUCUCACCGUAAAAUGCAACAAUAUUUCAAAUUUAAAAUCACUUAUUGAAAAGGGAGCUUGCAUCAAUGCAAAGGAUUUAAAAGAUGCGACACUUUUACACUACGCGGCCUGGAAAGGGUAUGCUAACAUUAUUCAAAUUUUAUUAGAAAAUGGUGGAAAACCAAAUGCUGGAGGAAAAAAGGAGGCCACACCUCUUCAUUAUGCAUCAAAGUAUUGCAAGUUUGGAGCAGCUAAAACCCUACUAGAAAACGGUGCUAUAUAUAAUGCAAUGACAGCAGCCAGGAAAACUCCUCUUGAUCUAGCUUCAAGCAAUGACGUUAUUGAUCUAUUACAGUUAAUAGAUCAAGCUUUCACAUGUGUGCUGAAUUGCAAUGUUCAGAUUUUAAGUAUUUUAGAAAAUUUGGAAAACUCUUACUCAUUAAAAUCCGUAGCGUGUGCAAAAAACAAGGAAGGGAAAACUCUAAUAACUUGUGCUAUUCUCAAUGAUUUUCCCAAAUUAAGCCAUCUAAACAAUAUAUUCUUCAGAAACUGUCCAACAUCAAGAGAUGAAUGCAUUAAGUUAACAAGUAAAGAACAAUUCGAUGACGCUUUAAGCAAUUUAAGCGAUUUUCAGAAGAAAACAGCUCAAAAUAUUGGUUUAGAUAAUCCAAUUUCAUGGGAAUCAGACGAAAUGUCAGCAUUUAUAAUGUAUAAGCAACAAAAAUAUAAACAAGCACUUGAUAUUUUUGAGAAAAUAUUCCAAAAAAAGAAGGAGCUUUUUGGCCUCAGUGACGGUCGUACUUUGGAAACGCAAUUUUUUAUUGCAACUAUCUACCGAAGCUUAGGUAGAGUUUCAGAAUCUUUAAAGAUUUUUGAAGAUGUUUACUCGCAACAACGUAAACUUUUUGGGCUAGAUCACGUUCAGACUUUGACUACAUUAUGCUUUAUGACAAAAGUAUUGUGUGACCUAGGGCGACCUGACAGUGCUCUGGAGAAAAAUAAAACUGUAUUUAAAAAGUUUCUUCAAAUGUUUGGGCCAAACUAUCCUCUGACAGUUGUAUCUCAAGAUUGUCUUGGCAAUACUUUAGCCCACCUGGGUAAAUACGACGAAGCUCUGACAUGCUAUAAAUGUGUUUAUGAGUACAGUAACAGAGUAUUAACUUCUUCUCAUUCGGAAACACUAUUGGCACUUUUUAACGUGAAGCGUGUAUUAUGCUAUCAAAAUUUAACUGAUAAAUCUCUUACAGAGUUAAGAGAAGUUUUAGACAUUCAGAAAAGUGUUUUGGGUUCGGAAAGCAUAGAUACUUUACACACAGAAAUGACAAUUGGAGGAUUCUUAUUCAAGAGCGGUAAAUGCAGAGAGGGUUUCAAAAUUUGUAAAGACAGUGUUGAGAAACAAAAAGCUAUUUUGGGAGAAAAUCAUUCAGCAGUUUUAAAAUUUGAACAGCAAGUAGAAAAAAUGAAAAAUCAUAUAGAUAUGUUAAAUAUUCAAAGUCUGUCGGAUUUAGAAGAUUUGGAGAAAACUAAACAAAAUCCAGCAUCAAACGAAUCGCUUAUUAAAGAAAUGAUGAACUUGGCAACUAUUGAUUCCGAAGGGAGGACCUUUCUUCAUUUUGCUGCUAGUGAAGGUCAUUUAUUUUUAGUGAACGAUGCAUUGCAGAAUGGAUGCAAUGUUAUGCAUCCAACCCAAAAGGGAAAUACGGCUUUGCACAUUGCUUCCUCCAAAGGUCAUGCUGAAAUUGUCGAAAAACUUCUAAUGCAUACAAAAGAAAAUAGCUCCGAUGAAUUGACUGCAUUUGUUAAUGCAAGAACAAGGAAUGGUGGUAAUUCUGCAUUGCACGUAGCUGCAAGCAUUGAAAUUGCCAAGAUCUGUCUAAAGUACGGUGCCAUCUAUAACAUACGAAAUAAGGAUGGUAAAACGCCGAAAGAUUACACUACAGUAAAAGAAAUUUCUGAUUUUCUACAACUUAUGGAGGAUCUUUUUGUUGGUGCUUCGAUUGGAGACGUCAAGUUAAUAUCCAAAUUACAGAAUUUUCAAUCUGAAGAAAAAUUAGCAGUUUCAGGUGCAAUUAAUGAAGAGAACUACACAUUAUUCCAAGUAGCUGUGAAUAACGGACACAAAAAUAUUGUUGCUUCAUCUUAAAGUCUGAGAUAAUGAAAACACGAAUUUAUUUUCUAAAUCACUAAGAGAAUUGAGUAAUUUAAAAUUUCGAAAAUAAUCUUGGUUGUUUUUCUUGGUUUAGUCCCUAUGUAUUGAGAGAAAAAAUGAAUCAAUUUUUGAACUAUUGAAACGAUUUUCAGUGACAUGGCUUAAAUUAUGUAUUACACGAAAUUGAGUAUUUUGACUCAAAAACACGUUUUAAGCAUUGUAUCUUUUUUCAAUUAAGUCAGAUUGAUAUAGAAACUUCAAUUGUUAUUCCCCUGCUGCUACAAACAUGUAUGUUUUGUGGGAAGUUAAAACAUCAGUCGAGACAACUAUGUGGAGAAAAAUACUUGAAUAAAAUACUGUUUAUUUUUA